AUGGACCUCCGGUACAGACCCAAACUUGGAACCUGUGGCCAGAGGUUCACGCUCUCACGAGACGAACUCCUAACCCUACCAGAAUUCGUCCUCUUAUCGCUAUUCCCCAACGGCCUCUUACCAGAUGGGCACUUGAACCAAUACCAUGAGGGCGAUGCCUUCCAAGUUGAUGUCCGUCAAGUCUCAUUUACUCGCGAUUAUGAUCCAGCAUCCCUACAGUACAUGCUCGAAUUCUUCCGCAAUGUCGCGCAGACAAUUCCUUCUGGCUCGAAUUCGCCCUCUGCAAGCCCCGAAGCAGAUCCUAUACCUAUUGAGCCAAUGGCCGGCUCUGCGAGAGAAAUGCUACAAGACCGAGCAGGUAUAAUUGUUCUGAGAGAGGAUUUGGACUUCUACGUUAUUCCACCUGUUGCGGAAAUCGAGCAAUCGGAAAUGAUCGAGGUGAAGCGUGCAGCAGGAAAGGCACUGUUGAAGCAAGAUGGAAUAUUCUCUGGAUUGAGGCGGAGUGAGGAGACUGGGACAACAGAACAGCACUUAAUUGAGAUGUUGACCGCUGGCGGGUUCAACCACGAAGAUCAUUGGGGGCACAGAGCAAACGAGCCCAACAAAGCAGUCAUUUGCAGUCUUGCACUAGCUCGUCUACGAACCGACAUCCGCGGCGCCGAGAUGGGCAGCAACGCAGUAGGAAUGGCACAAAAGCUGCUCUUGUUUUGGAGAAAGCCAGCUCGAAGAUGUUGGUGGGAGGGCGUGGAGCUUGAGAACGUAGAAGGCGUGCAAGGGAAGCUGAAGGUGUGGAUCCGAAGAGUUUGGACCUUGGAGAUGAGCGUAAUUGGGUUGCGUUAA